AGGAGAAGGAACUAGCUCUAAAACUGUAACUUCUACCGAAGAACUACAUGUGGAAGUGGAACCAAUAGAACCAAGACGAAAAAUUACACGCCAAUCAGUCGCAGGCGUUAAUAAGACCUUGCCUAAAAGAAACGAGUCCAGAGAUAUGUAUUGUUUGUGGAAGAGACGCCUCUUGGUCCUCACUAGACAAGGUAACUAAGAAGAGAAAAAGAACCCCACUCAUGUUGGCAGAAAUAAUUGAUGCUGGUCUUCUACGUACAGCUGCCGAGAGAAAGAAUGAUGAACGGAUACUUGUGCAAAUCCGGGGGAAAGACUGUGUAGCACUGGAAGUCCCCUAUCACAAAGUUUGCUACUGCAAUUAUACAAAAUUUCUCACCAGAGAGACAAAGAAGCAAUUGGAGAUUGAAAGAUCUACAUCAGUGUACGAGAAGUCUUAUGAUGUCUUCUGUAAGAAAGUAAUCGAGACUGAGGUCAUUGCAAAUAAGCAAAUAAGGUAUAUGAAAGAUUUGCUGGAGAAAUUUGUUAUCAUUGCUAAGGACACCGAGAAUGUGGAUGCAUCUAAAUAUAGAGCUUUUAAACUCAAGCAACAACUGAUGAAAAGUUAUCCCCAACUUGUGUUCUAAGUACCGAAAAUGAGAAAUGUUAGUGAGAUUGUAUAUGUGGAAAUUUGGAUUCUUCCGAAUUGGUUGAGGAACAUAUGUCAAACAAGUCAGGAAACAACGAUGAAGACUUUGAUGAAGAGAGCUAUACCGGUACCAUUGAUGAUGAUGAUCUGAAUUCCAACACAGAAACUGAGGAAAAUUCGAGAGUCAAUGAGUUACAAAUUCUAUACAAUGCUGCAUUGAUUCUUCGCCAAAAGGUCCAAGAUAUACCAAAACUGAAUCUUCGUUGGCCACCAUUGGCAUUUGAUUUGACAAUGGAUAAUGUGCAAAAAGUGGUUCCAUGUGAACUUUUUAAUGUCUCGGCUUGGACUUGUGGAUUCUCUUCAGAGCCAACUUUAAGCUUUGUUAGUGAUGUUCCAACUACUCUUGCAUGGGAUAAUGAUGAUUUCUCAGAAGAAACUAGAUCUGGCAAAGGGACAACUCACAUCACUGGGGGCAUUAUCAUUCAAAGGGAACAAAGUGCAAGUACUGAGUUACAGAAACGGGAUAGCAUUCCAAGGCUAUAUUUAAGCGAAAUAUUUAACUUGUUUCUUGAUUGUGUGAGUUGUAUGUAUAUUUAUAUAUUCUCCAUCCUGUUUGAUACAGGUGGGUUUUUUACCUCACAUUUUUUAUUGAAUUAA